ACGUGAAAGGCGGAGCUCAGUUUCGUUUUUUGAUAGUAGGGAGCGGAAAAAAACAGAGAAACAGUAGCCGAGAGAUUGUAUGAAAGCACAAUUGUAAAGGAUAUGAAAAUAAUGGAAAUAGUUUCUCUUGGUUACAUUAUUUUCUAAGUUCUCGUGGCUCAGAUAGAAGAGUAAUCAAAGUCAGAUUACGAAACGGUUUUUAUAGCCACUCAUUGAUAAGGAAUUUGAUUCUUUAUUAAAUAAGUUAUUCCUUUUUUUGUAAUUGUUUUUCGAGAAAAUUAUUUACAACAAGAAAAAAUGCAAAAUUGAAUUGAUUUCAAACGAUAGACAAUUUAAUUCUCAUCUGAUAAGUGUCUAUAUCAACUGAUCUGUCUUUUCUGAUCAUAGUUACAAGUCCAGCUGGAAUUAUGGCGGUUAAAGUGUUAUCAGGAAAGGUUUUUCUCUUAAUAACCGGUGCAAGUCAAGGAAUUGGCCAGCAAAUUGCUGUAACUUUUUCCGAAUUAUUAAGUGAAAAUUCACAAAUUUUACUAUUCGCUAGAAAUGAAAAGGGAUUAAAGGAAACUGUCGAAAGGAUAGGCAAGAAUACUACAGUUAACUACGUUAGCAUUGAUUUAUCAUUAGCGAAAGCUAAUGAACUUACUGAAAUUAUAAAUAAAUAUGUGAAUCCAUUGGAAUAUGAUCGUGCAGUUGUUGUACAAAAUGCUGGUACGAUUGGAGAUUUAUCAAAAUCUACAGUUGAUAUGGACGAUUUCGACGUUUGGAGAAAGUACUAUGAUUUAAAUGUAUUUUCCCCAGCAGUGUUGAACUCUGUUUUUAUGAAAAUUUUUAACAACGUUAGAACUGAAAAACUUGUAAUUAACAUCACUUCAAAAUGUGGCAUUGUACCUUUUAAAUCAAUGGGAUACUACUGUUCUGGUAAAGCUGCUAGAGAGAUGUAUUUUAAAGUAUUUGCUGAUGAAUUUCCAUUAGUCAACGUUCUUAAUUAUUCUCCAGGACCAGUAGAAACAGGCAUGUUACGUACUGCAUCAGAAACAGCUUCUGAUGCAGACACAAAAGAAAUGUUUACUACGAUGCGACAAGAAAAAAGACAACUCACUACUGAACAAACAGUCAAUCGUCUUGUUCAAAUACUCAAAGAGCAAAAAUAUACUUCUGGCGAUCAUAUUGAUUAUUUUGAUCAAAUAUAA